AUUUGCAGACAUCUUUAUGAAGCAGAUGAAAGUGUUCCUGAUCGGCCUGUUUAUACUGGGUGGUGGCUCAUUUGUAUGGCUUACACUACUAUGUAACCAGACUAUCGCAUUUAGUACCGUCCAACUGUAUGCGUCGAGCAUCAUGGGCGGGAUGUUUCUCAAUGGAACCAUUCCACUAUUCUACGAGUUAGCGUGUGAAGCGUCCUACCCAGUGUCCGAAGGACUGGCCGGAGGAUUCAUGACCUGGCUCAAUAACUUGUUCGGCAUUAUGUUUCUCAUGGCGUUGCUUAUUCCUGGAAUAGGUACGGCGUGGAUGAACUACUGCCUGGUCGGAAGUGUAGGUCUUGGUCUUAUAGUGUUGUUC